AUGAAGUUCUUUGUGACUGGAGCUUCCGGCUUCGUUGGCCGUCACUUGGUCCACUCCUUAAUCCAAAGUGGCAUCUCUGUGGUAGCUCUGUCUAGAAGCGCCACUUCUGACGAGAAGCUCCAGCAGGCGGCAGCAGCGGGACCUGGAAAAGAUAGACCGUCGAUCACUAAGGCAAAUCCUCCUCAGUCCAGUGGCAUUGUGGGCAGACUUGAGAUUGUGAGGGGUGAUCUGAAAAGCAGAGCAGCCAUCCUGCAAGGAAUGCGGGGGUGCGAUGCUGUCAUUCAUCUGGCAGCCAAGGUCCAAAGUUGGGGGAAGUGGGCAGACUUCCCAAUUGAGGGCACCAGAAGUAUGGUCGACACGGCAAAGGCAGCUGGCGUGCCUCGUUUUGUGCACGUCAGCACGAUCUUUGCAAACAUUAAGGCGUCUGGUGCAAUUGGCAACGCCAGCGAGGCGGACCCAAUGGACCCUCCCGAUUGGGCUCCUUAUUCCAAGAGCAAGGCUGAAGCGGAGAAAGUAGCUCUGGCUGCAAACGACUCACCACGUUUUGAAGUCGUCGUGAUCAAGCCCAGCUUUUGCUGGGGUCGUGGCGACACGCUUCUCAAGCCUGGCUUCACCAAGAUCAUCCAGGCGGGUCUCUUCCGAUGGACUACGCCGCUUGCCAGAGUAGCGACAACCCACGUCUCUAACGCCGUCCAUGCGCUGCGCCUCGCCGCGACCGUCAAAGGUGUAGGAGGCAGAAGUUACUUCGUUACUGACGGCAAAGCGGAGCUUUGGAAGGACUUCAUCACGUGGUACGUCUGCUCGCAACCGGGGGUCGCUACCCCGACCGGAACGGUCCCCCUUUGGCUGUUGUGGGGAGUCGAGUGGUUCCUGGAAAGUCUUCCGAUUCUGGGUUAUGGGGUCACCCGGGAACCGCUGGUCAGCCGGCAGAUCCUUGCUUACGUGGCACGUGACGUCACGGUGAAGACAGCGAAGAUCCAAAAGGAGCUUGGAUACAAGCCGGGUGGUCAGCAUGAAGGAAGGACUCCAGCCAUGAGUGCCGAGAAGGGGUACCAUUUCACGCAGCGCGCCUUCAUCGACAGCCACAAAGUCGUGACGCCCCUCGCUUUCUUAGCAGUGAUGGCGUACUAUGAUGCUUGGAAAAAGUCCACCGCUUGGAUUUACCUAUCGUGUCACGGAACGUACGCUCUCCUGUGGCUAUACAAAAGCGCCCACUUCGGCGAUCGGCAGUGGGAGGCUAAGUGCAGCAUCUUGUUCGGCGUCGUAAUGCGCUGGGCGGCAAUGUCGCUCUACUGGAUCGGGGGGUGGAUCGUCAUGGCGGCGAAGACCGAACCGCCCGCGUGGUACCAAGGGAUGUGCAUCUCCAUCUUUACGCUCGGGAUCUUCUCCCACUUCGUCGCGGACAUGCAGAAGCACAUGCACAUGCAGUACUGCAAGGGAACCCUGAUUACCACUGGGCUGUUUUCCCUUACGCGGAACCCAAAUUACCUGGGUGAGCUGCUGACUUACCUAGGGUACGGCCUGCUGGCCCGGAGUUGGUGGCCGAUCGCAGUGUUGGCGUCUAUCAUGACCCUGAUAUGGCUUCCGAACAUGAAGAGGAAGGACGCGUCGCUGUCGCGCUACCCGGCCUUUGCGCAGUGGAAGGCGCGCACGAGCAGGCUCGUCCCGUUCCUUGACCUCGUUUGA